UUUCAUCUGGCUGUCGCCCGCUGGUGUUUGUGAUUUUAAUACUGGCGCAAAAAUGAUGGGCCCCUGCUAAGUCGCUUUAUCUAGCAGCGAAUGCAGGAAAAGGUAUCUGAGACAACACUCCCGUUGAAAGAAGUCGAGUGACUGCGCACCUUUGGAUCUAAAAUUGGACUGUUCAUUCCAUCCACGAGAGCAAGAUGAUGCCAGCGUUCACUAGCUACACACGUUAGCAUAGAACUAGUCUCUUCCUUGGGUGCUUUCAAGACAUGCAGUGGCUGGCUGCUAGCCGAAUAGCAGUGUUUUAAACUGGCUGCCUGGAUGCAGAAAGUGAUGCAAAUUCUGUCUGAAUUGAACUUUCAAGUUUAACAUGACGCCACUUUAAUAUACAACAGAGAGCACCAUGCUGAUCGCUGAGGAGCAGGAUGAGGCCAGAGAGCCCCGUGAGGCGGCCCACCCCAUGUGAGCUGUCCCUGGCUGUCCCUGGCUGCGCCUUUGCCUGUCUGUCUGUGUCUGUCCCAUGGACACACUGCCAACUAGGGCCACUUCCACCUGGGUCAGCUUAAUCUGCCUCCCGCAGCAGGUCGACUACACCAGACAGAGAGCCAGCCAAAGAGAGAGAGAGCGAUAGAGACAGAGAUAAAUAGAUAGGUAGAGAGAGAGAUUGAGAAGAGAGAGAGAGAGAGAGGGAGAAAGAAAGAUAGAGGAGGGAGAUUGGAAGCGACAGACAAACAAACGGGCCCAAGGACAAGUGGGUGGAGAUUACCCAGUAGCCUGCAGUGAAGUGGAGAGGAGUGGAGGUGAGGUAGAGCUGGGACGGGAGCUCUCCACCGACUGAUAGAUAGGCAGAUAGAUAGAUAGGGUCCAGUCCACCGCUGUGGAGCCUCUAAAGGCACCCCUGUCCUCUCCCCUCUCCUCCUCCUCCUCCUCCUCCUCCUCCUCCUCCUCCUCCUCCUCCUCCACCACCACCCCUACCUCCACCCCCAUCCUCACCUCCACUGAUUUGCACGCGGUGUCCAACAUCGCCACCUGUGCCAGUGCCUGCCUGCUGGGCUGCCAUGUCGGCAGGUGAGGCGGACCAUGCGGACCACCCGCGCUUCUUCGUGGGGGCGGACGAGGGGGAGGGGGAGGAGCUGCUGGACCCAGGCCGCGUGCUGGGCUACGACUGCCUAUACGAGAACGUGGAGGAGGAGGAUGAGGAGGAGGACGACGAAGAGUAUGACUCGCCCCCGGAGCGUCAGAUCGUGGUGGGCAUCUGUGCCAUGGCCAAGAAGUCCAAGUCCAAGCCCAUGAAGGAGAUCCUGGAGCGCCUGUGCCUCUUCAAGUACAUCACCGUGGUGACGCUGGAGGAGGAGGUCAUCCUCAACGAGCCGGUGGAGAACUGGCCCCAGUGCGACUGCCUCAUCUCCUUCCACUCCAAAGGUUUUCCUCUGGAUAAGGCGGUGGCCUAUGAGAAACUCAGGAACCCCUUUGUCAUCAAUGACUUAGACCUGCAGUACUGCAUCCAGGACAGGAGGGAGGUGUAUCGGAUCCUGAAGGCGGAGGGGAUCCAGCUUCCCAGAUUUGCCGUCUUGAACCGAGACCCUGCGCAGCCAGAAGAGUGUAACCUGGUGGAGGGAGAGGACCAUGUGGAGGUGAACGGGGAGAUCUUCCAGAAGCCCUUUGUGGAGAAGCCGGUCAGUGCGGAGGACCACAACGUCUACAUCUACUACCCCACCUCCGCAGGAGGAGGCAGCCAGAGACUCUUCAGGAAGAUUGGCAGCAGGAGCAGUGUCUACUCUCCCGAGAGUAACGUCCGCAAGACUGGCUCCUACAUCUAUGAGGAGUUCAUGCCAACAGACGGCACCGAUGUAAAGGUGUACACGGUGGGGCCGGACUAUGCCCACGCGGAGGCCCGCAAGUCCCCGGCGCUCGACGGCAAGGUGGAGCGGGACAGCGAGGGGAAGGAGGUGCGCUACCCCGUCAUCCUCAACGCCCGAGAGAAACUCAUCGCAUGGAAAGUCUGCCUGGCCUUCAAGCAAACUGUGUGCGGCUUUGACCUGCUGCGUGCAAACGGACAAUCCUACGUCUGCGACGUCAACGGUUUCAGCUUUGUGAAGAAUUCCAUGAAGUACUACGAUGACUGUGCGAAAAUACUGGGGAACAUCAUCAUGCGAGAGCUGGCCCCUCAGUUCCAGAUCCCCUGGUCCAUUCCACUGGAAGCUGAAGACAUCCCCAUCGUGCCCACAACCUCAGGAACCAUGAUGGAGCUUCGCUGUGUCAUCGCCGUGAUUCGCCAUGGCGACAGGACUCCAAAGCAGAAAAUGAAAAUGGAGGUCAGACAUCAGAGAUUUUUUGACCUCUUUGAAAAAUGUGAUGGGUAUAAAAGUGGCAAGCUGAAAUUGAAAAAGCCAAAACAGUUACAGGAAGUGUUGGAUAUCGCUCGGCAGCUAUUGGUCGAACUGGGACAGAAUAACGACUCGGAGAUCGAAGAGAGCAAAGCAAAACUGGAACAGCUCAAAACAGUCCUGGAAAUGUAUGGUCAUUUCUCUGGCAUCAACCGCAAGGUGCAGCUAACAUAUCUCCCCCAUGGAUGUCCGAAAACCUCUAGUGAGGAGGAAGAUGUCCAGAGGGAUGACCCGUCUCUGCUGCUGGUGCUGAAGUGGGGGGGAGAGCUGACCCCAGCAGGCCGAGUACAGGCUGAGGAGCUGGGCAGAGCCUUCAGGUGCAUGUACCCUGGAGGACAAGGUGACUACGCAGGCUUCCCUGGCUGUGGGCUGCUGCGGCUGCACAGCACCUACAGACACGACCUGAAGAUCUACGCCUCCGACGAGGGCCGCGUGCAGAUGACCGCAGCCGCCUUCGCUAAGGGUCUGUUGGCUCUAGAGGGGGAGUUGACUCCUAUCCUGGUGCAGAUGGUGAAGAGUGCCAACAUGAACGGCCUGCUGGACAGUGACAGCGACUCGCUCAGCAGCUGCCAGCAGAAGGUCAAGGCCCGGCUACACGAGAUCAUGCAGAAGGACCGCGACUUCUCCACAGAGGACUACGACAAGCUCGCCCCAACUGCCAGCACGUCCCUGGUAAAGUCCAUGCAGCAGAUCAAGAACCCGGUGAAGACCUGUGACAAGGUUUACUCCCUCAUCCAGAACCUCACGCUGCAGAUCCGGCGGAAGAUGGAGGACCCCGUGGCCACCGGAGAUAUCCAGCUGUACCACAGCGAGACGCUGGAGCUGAUGCUGCGGCGCUGGUCCAAGCUGGAGAAGGACUUCAAGAUGAAGAACGGCCGCUACAACAUCAGCAAGAUCCCCGACAUCUACGACUGCAUCAAGUACGACGUGCAGCACAACAGCUCCCUCAAGCUGGACAACACCAUGGAGAUCUACCGCCUGUCCAAAGCGCUGGCCGACAUCGUUAUACCACAGGAGUAUGGCAUCGCCCAGGCUGAGAAGCUGGACAUUGCCAAAGGUUACUGCACACCCCUCAUCCGCAAGAUCCGCUCCGACCUCCAAAGAACCCAAGACGAUGACACGGUCAACAAACUCCACCCAGUGUACUCCCGAGGUGUCAUGUCUCCUGAGCGUCACGUACGGACCAGGCUGUACUUCACUAGUGAGAGCCAUGUGCACUCACUACUCUCCAUCCUCCGCUAUGGCGCCCUAUGUGACGAGACAAAGGACGACCAGUGGAAGCGGGCCAUGGAAUACCUGAAGGUGGUCAGCGAGCUCAACUACAUGACCCAGAUUGUCAUCAUGCUGUACGAAGACCCUAACAAGGACCCUUCAUCAGAGGAGCGCUUCCACGUGGAGCUGCACUUCAGCCCCGGGGCCAAGGGCUGUGAGGAGGACAAGAACCUGCCCUCAGGGUUCGGCUACCGGCCCGCGUCCAGGGAGAACGAGGGCUCCAAGAAGAAGUCGCAGAACGACAGUGACGAGGAGUCGGGCCCCGUGAAGCGCGACGAGCCGGACCGCGCCCUCAUGAUGUUCCGGCCCAUGGUGUCGGACCCCAUCUACAUUCACCGGAAGUCCCCCCUCCCCCGCUCCAAGAAGAUCGGUUCCGUGGAAUCCCCAUUGCAGCCAGACUUUAACAAGACCAGCGCUGGCAAAGAAGAGAGCCCCCUGAGUGUGUCUAGCCCUGACUCAUUUGGUACCUGGAUACAUUACACCUGUGGUGUGGGUACAGGGCGGCGAAGACGCAGAUCAGGGGACCAAAUCACUUCCUCCCCCGUCUCCCCCAAAUCACUGGCUUUCACAUCCAGUAUUUUUGGCUCAUGGCAACAGGUUCUGGCAGAGAACAACAGCCACCUUCGGCCUGGAAGGCUUCAUUCUGACCACAAGCUCACCACAGGCAUAGGGUCGCAUUGCGCUGGCCUGUUUAGCACCAUGGUGCUCGGGGGGUCGUCCAGCGCUCCUAACCUGCAAGAUUAUGCGCGCGCACACCGUAAAAAGCUGACCACCUCUGGCUUCUUAGAUGGCUUCGAGCUGUACUCCAUGGUGCCCUCCAUCUGUCCUCUGGAGACGCUCCACAACUCGCUGUCCCUGAAGCAGGUCGACGACUUCCUGGCCUCCAUAGCACAGUCCCAGGAUUCCUUCCUGGACCUCUCCGCCUCUUCUCCAGCUGUUCCUGGAAAGAAAGCCCCUUUAAACACGUACACUCCAGCAAGGGUUUUACCGUGUCCGUUCACCCAGAAGCAUGCUAUGGAAAGGGCAGCUUCAGGUACCCCAGUGUGCGAGCAGUCUUCACAUCGACCGGUCACAACAAGCCCACCUAACCUAAGAGGGGCGAACAAGGCACCAAAGGGGAGCUCUCCUCUCUGCACCUCAACGCCCAGCAAAACCAAGCCUACCACAGACCCCCAAAACCAGCAAGGCCCUGGGGCCGUCCAGAGCCAAGGCCUAAGCAGCACACAACCCGCCGUCUGUUUGCCCCCCACCCCGCCUGCCGCACCGGCAAAACCGCAGCAGGAGGACCGAGAACUGAAGGCAGCUACACCGCGAUUUGAACAUGGCGGCAGUGGAGGCAGCAGCAGCAGCGGUGGGGAUGGUGGUAGUGGGACUGCACCUCAGGUCUCGCUCUCCAAAAGUUCAGGAGAUAAGGAGACCAAGACAAAGGUUACAGUUCCAAGUAGCGCCAUCUUGUCGUCAUCUUCGUUGACGUCGUCAGGUGUUGAGGAACACACUGCGGUAGUGGUGUCCAGCACCCCAAAGGGUCAUGGCCCAUCUCAGACUUUAAGCAAGGGUCCAUAAGCGAAAACAAAUCAAAUCAACUCAAGCUUUUGGUUUGGGACAUGAAUUUACAGUACGACUUGAGUUUGUUACAUGAACUGAAUGUGCCAUAAUGGUGCGAAACACAUUGCCUAUGAGGUCCAUCCCUGUAAGAAUCCCCAUGUAAGACGUAGAUAGUGUAGACAAUGGUUACACACACAUCACUUGAACUUUUAAGCUUAGCACAUUUUAAAAGGUUACCGAUACAAAGUACACGUUUCACCACAUAGUGUCACAGAAGUUAGCUGUGUUGUGAAUAGUGGGAACAGACACGAAAAAAGCCAUCAAUGUCAUGUCUCUAUAUUUGUGUUGCUUUUGUUCCUGUUUGUAUAUUUGAAUGUAAGAAACGUUGUUGAUUUUUAAAAAAAACACACACAUGCAGGGUGCAAAGUCUGUUGUCCGCAAAUGUUACUGUAUUUGACAAUGCUGCAGCCAACACAUCCUUGAGGAAAAAAUCCAGAAUGGAGCCAAAUAAAAUGGAUUCUCUUCAUUCAGACAUUAUGGUAGAUUAUUCUUCUGGUCCAAAGUGUAAAAGGACUGUUAAAAGUGUCUGUUAAAAUGUUCUGACACACAAACUGACAGAAGCGCAUACACACAUCACCAAUGUACAGUCCCACACUUGAGUGAGUGCCUGUGCGUGCGUACACACACACACUCACACACACUCACACACACACACACACACACACACACACACACACACACACACACACACACACACACACUCACACACACACACACACAGUCAUCUUAUAUUUUUGAUAAAUAUUUUAGCUGUAGUCCUACUGAUGAACCUGCACUUUGCAUUUCUAAACGAUUGAACUGGAAAUGGAAGAAAGUCUGCCUUACAGAAUGUGAUGAUUGUUCUUUAGUAUAAUGCUUUAUUCCAUUGCAACCAAACAUACAUGUUGUGUAUAUAAUGGAAAUAAACUUUGAUGGAAGUUCCCUUUGUACAAGUU